AUGGUUUUACUUUCACUUUUUGUAUCAAAAGGAGAAACAGAGCUCACUGAUCUGUUUUAUGGCAACUCCUUUCAGUUAUAUAUCUCCCUCUUCCUUCUCUCUUAUUUUCUUUUCUACUCACCCAGUCAAGAAUAUCAUCGCCGUGCACCAUGCAAGUCUUUUAGUUGCGGAGUUGUUCCAAAAAUCGAAUUUCCCUUCAACAACAUCACCCAUCCUGAAUGCGGGAUACAACCAGUCGAAUGCAAUGACAAUGGGAUACUGAAGAUCCAAUUCGAGGAGCGAGGGAGACCAUAUAUCGUGAAAAGCAUUUCAUAUGAAUCAAGGACGGUUGUAAUUCAAGAUGAUGAACUCGCCCGUGAAUCGCAACCCAAAUUAUGCAAUUGCCUUCGCAAUUUCACCGUACCCACCUCUCAUUUCCUGUCUUUUAAGCUUACAACUCCUAACUACACCUUCCUCAAUUGCAAGCCUCAUCAAUAUAAUUCCUCUGAAGAUUUCCAUAAUGAGUUCUUCAAAUACACGGGUUGCAAGGACUCUGUUCUCUAUUUCCGGCCAGAGAAUCAGACGGCUCCUCCUCAACAUCCUAGCAACUGUUCACUCAUUACAUUUCCUGCGUCUGAAUGGUUGGUGGACCCUUAUAGAUCGAAGGUGGACCUAGUGUCUCUGUUGGCUGCCGGUUUCUCACUUCGAUGGAAUCUCACACACGAGUGCCACAAAUGUUAUGAAGAAAAAGGAGGGCUUUGCGGGUGGAACCAUACCACUGGAAACUUCAUUUGCUCGAAUUCCGGUAACCAGAGUUAG